AUGUUUAUCAAGAAGAAAUCAUCGUUCAGAAUCUACUAUGCAAUUCUGAAAGCAUUCGGAUUAACACUUUGUAUAAUUUUCACAUUACAAAUAUAUUUCAUGCGUACAACUGUCAAAUAUGUUACCCUACGAAAUCACUCUGAAGAAGCCAUUAUUGUACGCAAUAUGGCACAUAUUAACUGCAAACGCACAUGUCGUACUAUUUGUAAGAAUAUUGACAGUAUUCCAUCGAGUAAGGUGAGUGCAUUGAAACCAAUUGGGAAAAUGCCAUUCAAUGGUGAAUUCAAUGAAGAGGCGAACCCAAUCAACGACACAUUUUAUUCACAUGAUCUUGGUGGCGGUUGGAUGUUUAAGGAGGAGACGACGAAUUGCAACAAUGUUCCACAAUCCGGUGUAGCAAUCAUCAUUGUUUGUAGAGAUAGAUGGAAACAACUGAAUAAUACAUUGUCCGCUCUGAUUCCAGUUCUCCAGAGACAACAUUUGUGUUAUCGAAUAUUUAUUAUUGAACAACAGGGUACUGGUAUUUUGAACAAAGCUCAGUUGAUGAACAUUGGUUUUAUUGAAGCACAUAAACGUUUCGAUUUCGACUGUGUUAUAUUUCAUGAUGCCGACUUAAUACCAUUGGAUGAUAGAAUACCACAUGGUUGUGAUGAAGAGAUGAUGGAGAGUGUGAUUCAUUUGAGUGUUGGAGUGAGUUCAUGGAAUUAUGUUUUACCUUACCAAUCAUUGAUCGGUGGUGUUUUGAAAAUAUCGACUUCACACUUUAUACAGGUUAAUGGUUAUUCGAAUAGUUAUUGGGGUUGGGGUGGAGAGGACGAUGAUUUGGAGAGGCGACUGAAAGCAUCAAAAAUUAUGUAUAAACACAUUGAAAAGUCAAUAGGCAGAUAUCUGGCUCAACCUCACACUAAACAGGUUCGAGCGAAUAGACGUUUAGUACUUGAUUCAUUAAAAAAUGCUGCCAGUCGUAUGUUCACUGAUGGGUUGAAUUCUGUAAAAUAUAAAGUUUCAGCCUAUUUUGAGAAGCAACACUACACACAUUUUUUAAUUACAUUAAAAUAAGUUUUUUUAAAGAUUCAAUUGCCUGUUUUUCUUACCCUUAAAUAUUGUAUAACCUAGUUCUUUACACUGUGAGACAAAACUAUUUUUAUAUUGAAUGAUACUUUCAUUUAAGUAUAGAAGUAAUCAAGAAAGAAAACACUGAUGUAGUCUCAAGUUCAACAUUGUUAUAUACACAGUCAAAUCUGUAUGAUAUUCACAAAUGCACAGAAAAUUACAUCCAUAUGUAGAUAACUUAGUAUCAUUGAUGGAUCGAAUAAAAGAAUUUCUAUUUGCUAUUCAUCAUAGCGAUUUGUACAUCAUUUACUUCUGUUGUCUAUGUGUUUACUUUUCGGUAUGUACUUUCUAACAAUAUUUCAAUUAAUUACUUAACCAUCUUUUGAAACAUUUAAUUAUAUAUCUAUACCCUAGUUACUUAACAAU